GGCGUGUUUACACCUGCAGCCACAGACUCCAAUCGCCAGGCUCAGCUGUGCCACUGACAGAGAAGCUUGUUGUUUCCACCGAGCUCAGGACAGCCUCUGCCCAUCUGUGCUCCAGAAGAAAAGAUCGAUCUUUAACCAGUGGCUCCAGGAAGCCAGCCCUCUUGGUGUCCACCAUGGACGACACAGACGUAGAGCGGGUGACCCUGGCUCUACUAGAUGCCGCCAACGAUAAAGACUCCGAGGUCCAGGAGCAAGUCAGAAAGUCUAUAUUGACCCUGGGAAAACAGCAGCCAGACCGAGUGCUAGCCAUGUGUCAGGACUACCUCCUGAAACAUCCCAAGUUGGUUGUGAGCCACAGAGUUGUGAUUCUUCAGACUAUUGAGCUGAUUGUUGGCUGCAGGAUAGAGGAUAUCAGCUCUCCCAGAAUAAAAAGUAUUAUCUCCCUGGCUUCAGAUGAGAUGACCCGAUCAAAGGAUGUCAUCCCUGACUGGCAGCAGGCAGCCAGUAACAUUUUGGUUGCUGUGGGUAACAAGCACAUCAAUGACAUCAUGGAGGAGAUACUAAGCAAGUUUCAACCAGGGGUCCUACCGCACUUCUUUGUGGUCAAAACACUAGCUAACCUCUCAGAUUCAAAUGUUUAUGGCAUGGUACCCUUCCUGAAUGCUAUUCUUGGCACCAUGUUGCCCAUGCUGAACAUGGCCAAACAGGACAACAUGAAGUGGGUCUUUUCUUCUGCUCUGUGUCACUUCAGUGAAAGCAUCUUGGAGUACCUGGCAAACUUAGACAAGGCUCCAGAUCCAACAGUCAGAAAAGACACAUUCUCUGGUGAAAUCUAUGCUGCUUUUGACAUCCUCUUCAAUAACUGGUUACAAAGCAGGGAGCCCAAGUUGAGGCUGACAGUGGCUGAGGCAGUGGGCUCUAUGUGCCAUCUGAUGGCCAGUGAUAAACUGGAGGAGCAGAUCCCCAAAAUUAUUCCUGCUUUCCUGUCCCUAUACAAGAAAAACAACGAGCACUACAUUAUUAGCAAGAGUCUGUGCCAAGUCAUCGAUGCUUCUGUCAACAUGGGCAGCAGAGUACUGGAGACACAGCUGGAAAGUCUACUCUUUGCAUUGCAUCAACAGGUGUCUGCCCCUGUUGAUUACAGUAACCCUCCUACUGUCAAGAACCACAAUGAGGUCCUACGCUGCUUCAGUUUGCUUGCUAAAGCUUUCCCAGACCGUCUGGUUAUGUUUGUGCUUCAGAAGCUGGAGAACAGUAAUGAGCGAAGCAGGAUGGGCUCCCUGUCUGUGCUCCGGCACCUCAUCAACUCCGCCACUUCUUUAAUGGAGACCAAAAAGCUGUUGAUUCUGGCCAGCAUCAGACAGCCAAUGGCUGACCACAGCAACAAGGUGAAGAAGCGCGUGGUUCAAGUGAUCAGUGCAAUGGCUCAUCACGGCUACCUGGAGUUAGAGGGAGGAGAGCUACUGGUUAGAUUCAUAGUUCAGCACUGUGCUUUACCUGACACAUACCAGCGAAAUCAGAGGCUGACAGAUCCAGAGGAGGUGACUAAUGAGGCUCUGAGGAUGAUGUGUGACAACACCCUUCACCUCCUUACCACCACUGUUGGACGACUAGCUGAUGUGCUAUGGCCCAAGCUGCUGUACUAUCUGACCCCCGCACAGUACAGCAAUGCCACGACUCCUCUCUGUAAGAGUCUGAUAGUGCUGGGCAACAAGAAAAAGAGCAACCAGGAACCCAGCUUCCAAAUAGACUUUACACAAGAAGUCAAUCUGUCAUCUCCUCAAACACUAAUGAUCAGACUGCUGGUGAAUGCAGCGUUUCCAUUCAGCAGCAGAGGUCAUGGAGCUCCAUCCCUCUCUCUCCUCCAGGUCCUCAGUACCAACAUUCACCCUAAAACAGAGGUGGUCUGGGACAGCGAGAUACCUCCUCUGCUUUCAUUACUAGAGGAGUCAACGGCAGAGAGUCUGGAAAAGAAGCAGUGGGAUGAGAAGCUACUGAAGCUCUUGUCUAAAACCCUGGCAACGAUUAAUGAUGACAAGUGGUCGUGUCAGUUGGCAGCUGAGUCAACACGAUACCUUUCCACAUAUAACAACUUCUUAGAGGAGAAGAGCUUCCUGUAUCGAUGCAUAGGAGUGACUCUCCAACAGUGUUUCAAUAAAGAAGUGGUGAAAAAACAGCUGCAGGAAAUCCUUCUCAUGGCGCGACACAAUGAUGCAGUAGAAAGAGAGGGUGUUGCUAUGGGCAUUGGUCUGUGUGCCAACAGUCACUUAGAAGGAACUCUAGCCAAGCUGGAUGAGUUUGGCAAAUCAGAUGCCUUCAAGAAAUCACCAAGCAUCUUCAACCUGCUCAAAGAACGUAAUGAUGUUGAGGUGGAGAAGGUGAAAAGUACGUUAAUCCUGUGCUACGGUCAGGUGGCUGUGAACGCACCUCCAGAAAAGAUACUGAACCGCAUUGAUCAGGACAUCCUUCGCUGCAUCAGCAAACACUUCAACACCAAGGUUCUGGGGAUUAAAGUAGAGACAAAGGACCUGACUAUGAAACUCAGUUUGAUCCAGAGUGUUGGGCUCAUAGCCAAAGCCAUCAGUGAGUGUGUGAAGAAACAAGGCUACGUCUUCUCUCGCAAGCAGGAGCUCAUCACUGUAAUGCUGGAUUUUAUCAAGGCAGAGCCAGCUGAUUCAUUGAAGACUCCGGUACGCCAUCUCGUCAUGAAUGCCUGUGCUGCCCUCAUGCCGUUGGACCCUGCACUAAGUGAGAAUGAGAGCUUUGACUUGCUGAAGGUGUGUGUGAACAGUGCGUUGUCUCUGCCACCUGAGACAAGCACUCCAGAGAAAACUAAAGAAGAAGAGAUACUUGACCCCAAGCAGAGAAAGGCAUUGUAUGGAGACACAUUCGCUGCUCUGCAGGAGCUGCUGAAGAGUGUAGUGGCCAAGGAUCCCACACCUGAUGGUUUGCAGAGUGUCUUUAAGCACAUUGAAUCAUGGCUGAGCUCUGGACAGGACCACGAGAGGGAGAGAGCUAUCACAGCCACUGCUCACAUAUUGGCGUACUAUCUGGACAACCUAACUGUCAAGAACAUGGUCUCUUUCCACAACCUUGGAGCUCUGCUGGGUCGACUGUCUCCCCGCUGUUCUGACCCUCACCCUACUGUGCGCACUGCUGCAAUCGACUGUAUAUACUCACUACUUUAUAUACAGCUACGAUAUGAAGGAUUCUCCUUAGAUUACAAGGACGAAGGAGUGGACAGUCUGCUGCUCUUUAAAGAUCGGCUAGAGAACCCUGACCACUCAGUUCUCUACAAGACCUGCUCAGACCUUACCAAGGUGAUGAGUAAGCGUCUGCCUCAGCAGCAGCUUACGACGUUCGUCUUCAUGCUGUUUGAAGGGCUGGUUGAUAGUCAGACAAACUGCAGCAGAGCUUCGUCUGUCAUCUUAAAUACUCUUUUGAAGAACAGAGGAGGUGGAUUACAAGAUCUGGUCCCUGAGAUGCUGGAGGUGCUACAUGUGCGUCUGCAGAACAUCACAGAAGAGCAGGUGAGAGUGGCAGUGGGACAGACGGUACUGAUCCUGGCUUCUCAGCAUCUCCAGAUUGUUAUCAAUACACUAGUUAACCAGCCACUUCCUUAUGACAGCUGGACCAGUGAGAUGUGGAUGGCUUUGGGAGCAGACCCCAUCGUAGCCAAUCAGAUCAUAGAGAUGGUGAUGGAAAAACUUCUCAUCAUGGCGCCCUACACAGACAAGAAAGACUCAAUGAUAAGAGCAGGGACAACAAAGGUGGCCACUAAUCAGCCACUGGCGAUGACAUGUGGUCUCAAAGAGCUGUUAUUAAAUGGCCAAAGUCAGGAGCCAGCAGUCAGCCUGUUUCCUCAGCUCUUCUCCUGCCUCACUGUCAGACUGGGAGCAAGUGUUGGAGUCUCGGCACCGAAAGACAGCAACACUAAACACACUGCCUCCAUACAUGUAGCAGGGGUAGCAGCCGAUGCGCUGAGAAUUUUGUUGGCGCGAGCCCAGUUAGAUGAAGUGAUGAAAAGACUGGAUGAAGAUAAUGCCUGGGAUGCAAUGAGGGAACCCAGCACACACAUCAACGGAGUCACACUACUAGCAAGGGCGAUGGCUAAACAUGCUGGUCCCAGGUUGCCUGCGAUCGUGGAGUGUCUGUGUCCAUCCCUGAACAACAUCUAUGAAUGUCAGAGAGUCACUGUCACUGCUUUCUUCUCUGAGCUGCUGAGCCAUCAUGUGGUGACAGAGUUGAUGUUAAUUGAUGUGCUGAUGAACAACAUGAUGGAGAGGAUAUCAGACCCCUGCUGCACGGUCCGCAUGCUGGCUGUGCGAGGGCUGGGCAACAUAGCCGUGGGAUCACCUGAAAAGGUGAAUAAAUAUGCCAAAGAGCUGCUGGCAGCCAUGAGUUCAGGGAUGGAGGAGAAAGAUGAUCCAGGUAAACUGAUCACCCUUGAGGCUAUGUCUGGUCUGUCUAAAGUUCUCCUCCACCUGGACAAGAAGAAUGUCCACUUGCUUGUGGUCUACAUCUUCAUGAAGAUUAAACCAUUUUUGGAAAGUGAGAAUGACGAUAUCCGCUGUGCUUCCAUCCUUCUCAUGGGGAACCUGUCCAAGUUUGGCUCAGGGGAGUCAGUCUUCAAAGACCAGAUCCACAAUGUUCUUGUCAGCCUGCUGUUGCACCUGGUUGACCCAAACCUGAAGGUCGUCAAGGCGUGUAAAUAUGCGAUGCGUGUGUGUGCUCCCGUGGUGGGAUCAGAGCAGAUCACAACCAUGUUUCAGAACCACCUGCAUGAAGACAAGAGUUUGCACUAUGGAGAGUUCAUCAAUGACCUCACAAAAUACCUGAUUCAGGACUUUCCUGGUAUGCUGAACUUCUACCACAUCUCAGUCAUCCAAUUCUUCAAGAGCAACUGGCCUGAGGUCAGAGCAGGAGCAGCCAUGUUCAUAGGGUUCCUGCUGGGGAAUCUUCAAGAGGAACAUCUCUCCCACCUCAACAUGGGUACCAUCACUAAAGGUUUAGUGAUGCUGCUCCAAGACCCAGAUCCUGUGGUGAGGGGGAAGGCUGCUGAGGCCAUGGGACACUUCCACUGACACACACUCAGACACACACCUUCAUACAAGUAUCAGUUUUUCAUUUAGGCAGUAGUGGCAAAAUAGUAAUAAUAAUGUUUAAAAAAACAAUACAUGUAUGCUUUCAGUUUACAAAAAUAUGCAGCACACUGUGUUAAAUUGUGCAGUCAUUGUAAAAUUAUCGAAAUAGCGCAACUGCAACAUUCAUUAAAGCCAAAACAGGGACCAAAACAAGAACGAGGAGUGGAAUCCGGUUAAUCAAUCAACCGAUAAACACUGAAAACACCUAUCAGAUACACACAUGUACACAUAUAUUUAGCCAUUAGCAGUUUUGUUUCGCUUCUUUUGACGCUUUACUCUGGUACUUGAAGGAAGCGUUAAUUCUUAACUACAUUUUAGUGACCAAGGACUGUGUUGCUCUUUCCAGAUAGACGUCUGUAGCGUUUAGCGAUCUGUCAGUGUGACAAUAUCAGAGACAUACUGCGUCUAUCAGUGAAAUAUAUCAAGAAGUUUCUAAUGCAAAGGUUCAAACACAUUUGAAUUUGAGUAAAAGUUUUUUUUUUUUAGAAUAAAUAUAUUUCUUCAUAUAUUGUAUGUGCAAAUGAGUAUGGCAUAUUUGAAGUACAUAACGAUUUCACAUGAGUCUGGCUGGUAGCUGAAGUGUGUGUGUAGUCAUACGAGCAUUUUGUGAUAAUGUCAGUGGUUUGGUUCCUGACAUUCUCCGUUAGAGAUAGAUCCAGUGUUGUGGGCUUGGUUUUAGUGUACUAAAGACCUUCCCUUUGAUCCUUCAGUCAGCUCUAAGCUUCCCUCCAUGAAGAUCCAGUUAUGCAUGUUUAGAUCAGUUAGAUGUGUGUUACCAUAUGGAAGACUCCAUAUGAAGUCUAUAAUAAAAAAGAAAUGCACAAGAACUGCAACAGAUACCAGACUUAGCUGGUGUGCUUUAAAUUUUAUAGUUGUGUCUGGAGGGUGUAAGUAAAAGAAGAAAGGGUGGUCUCAUUGCUGUGUCCAUUAGUCCAUAUCAUUGAGCUGUCAGAUCAACCAGCAAUAACAAGGCAGUAUUUUCACUUCAAUUACCUCUUUAAGGUUUUUGAACCCCUCUGAUGUACUGCUGCUGAGUUUACCUCCAUUCUGAAACCAUAAUGAUGCUUAUUCUAAAUCACUGCCACCCCUACAGCUCCACGGAGCCACUGGAUACCUCCUGGUGGAACAAUCGUUUUAUUCGUCAGCCUCAUGAGGCUGUUUUGACCUCUGUUUUAUCUGCACUCGGCUAAAUUUCACCUCACAUGCCACAAAGAUUUUGGUCCAUGCUCUGUUUGAACAUUCAUUGACACCAGAACGUUGCCAAAUCUUCUGUGUUAGCCAUCAUAAACACACCAGCCACAUCAACUCACUCUCAGAGAGGUGAACUUUAUUUAGUGUUACUGAAAUGAGACCAACUUCUUCUAAAUUAGCCAGAUUCAGGCAAUCAAACCAUUACUUAACCGUGUUUUUAGGUAAAACCGUCCAGUGUAACCAUGCUCAAACCAGUGCCAAAAGUUUACGAGUAUCAUAUAUUCUAAUAGUCUUAAAGAGAUGCUGUUAAUGAUUUUGUUUGGGUUUUUGGUGGUUUUCGGGUACUGUUGUGGGUUUGCAGGCCCGUGCCAUUGUGUAAAUAUGUGUGUGAGUGGUGCAUUAUGUAAGUAUGUCUUUUCAUCUGUCUAUACAUGUAACUUCAAUAUUUAUGUCUCCAAAUUAAUCCACUCAAAGGCUGUCAAGGAGGGAUGGAAAGUAAUCCUUUGCAUGUCUCAAUUUGAAAUGAUUUGGUGACAAAAAUGUAGAGAAUCAGGUGAAAGCAAUGCAUUGUUUGUUGUGAAAUAUACCUCUUUUCUGUUGCACUUUUAAGCUCUGCCAUGCAGUCCCUGAUCUGGCAAGCCAAUUUCUGUCAAAAGUUGUGAGUCUUAUUUUUUUGUUUGUUUUGCACGUGAGAAAAAAGCUGCUUUCAGCAAGUGUAACAGCAAGUCCAAUGUUUUGAAGUUUUUGAUUGCCAGAAAAGGAAACUAAAAUGAAUGCCGUAAAUUUGUCAACCGCGUACAGAAGGCUUCUCCUGAUUCUGUAUUUGUUGUCCAAAAUGCUCUGCGCACAGGGACUCUCGGCUUCCCCCACUUUCUAACACUAUGGCUUGGUUCAGGGUGAGUGGUGAGCAGCAAUUAGCCAUGUUCUUUGUUUUAAAGGCUGUGGUAAACUUUAUACCAUUGAUAUGAUUUUUCAUGUCUGUUUUUUAACAUGUUGAAUGUUGUAAAAUGUCAGUAUGAAUGUUGCAGGGAGGUACGGCUAUUUCAAAUGUGUGAAUGUGUGCAUGUCACUUCUCAUGUCCAGACCAAAAGAGAGUGUGGAUGAUGGCAAUCAGUGUAUUUAAAACAAAGAAAUAAACCGAUCAAUUAAAACAUAA